CCCUGAAGCACUCCAGCUGCACUCCAGACUUGCGCUCCUCACUCUCAUUGCAGCGCAGCACCUCCACAUCCUCACUCUCUACCCUUGGCCGGCGCACGUCCGCCAUGGCCGACUCCAUCUACGCCCCGCGUCCCGACGCCGGCCGCAGCGGCGCAGAGGCAUCGCAGCAUGCGCCCAGCGCCGAUGCCGCAGCGCAGGCACCUGUGUCUGAAGCCGGAGAUGUCUCUGCCGAGUCGCUCGAGGCACCGCCGCCGCCGCCGCACCCGUUCCUCACGCGCCCGCUGCUCCAUGUGCGCGGCCUGGACGCUGCGCUGUCGGACAAGGAGCUCGCAAGCGGGCCGUUUCAGCUCUUCCUGCCUGUCCGCCUCAACAUCAACCGGUCAGUGCCGGAAGGGCAGACGGCCAGCGGCACAGUGGAGUUCCAGACGCUCGAGCGAGCUGAGAGAGCACUGGCUACUGUGCGCGGCGGCGUGGAGCUCUCCGUCGCUGCCGACCCGGCAGACGACCCGAAGCCGCAGGCCAAGACGCGGCUGGUGAAGCAGCUCGCGCCAGGCACCGAGGACGUCGACGUGUACGAGCUCUUCCGGCCAUUCGGGCCGCUGGCACGUGCGGUGCGCAUCCUGACGAACCCGGCGGGCGUGCACACGGGCUUCCGUGGCAUGGCGCUGCUCGAGUUCUACGCCGAGGAGGAUGCGGCGCGGGCGCAGAACGAGAUGCACUGCACCGAGGUGCGCGGCAAGACCAUCUCGGUCGCCAUCGACUCGGCACCGCGGCGGCCUAGCGCAGCUGGUGGGCAGGAGUUCAGCGCAGCUGCGGCGCCUUUCGUGCCCGGCGCCGGUGCCUCGCGAGGCAUGAGCGCCGCUGCGCCCUCCUUCACACCGCCGCAGCGCAAUGUGUCGGGCUCUAGCAGCUCGAUCUACGCCACGCAGCCCGCCCCGCCGCAGCUCAACUCGCAGCAGGCCGGGCCCAUCAUCGCCGUGCCCGGCACAAAUUUGCAGUACUCGGCCUCUGCGGCCACCUACAUCGACCCCUGCAACCUGUUCUGCAAGAACCUCGACCCCGAGAUCUCGUCCAACGACCUCUUCGCGGCGUUCAAGCAGUUCGGGCGCAUCGUGUCUGCGCGCGUCAUGCGCGACGAGCACGGCGUGAGCCGCGAGUUUGGCUUCGUCAGCUACACGACGGCCGACGAGGCGAGCCGCGCGCUGCACGCCAUGAACAACGUCGUGCUCGGCUCCAAGGCGAUGAUGGUGCGCCUUCACGAGCCAAAGAAGAUGCGCGAGCAGAAGCUGGCACACAAGUUCUCCGGCGCGCCGACAAACGGCGUCGGACCGCACGGCCGCGGCAGCCCGCCGGUCAGCGGACAUGCAUCCGAGACGAAUGGCAGCCCGGCAGGCACGCCGAACCUGGAGCAAGGCGGCUUUGCCGCGGCGCGCAAGCUGCCCGAGCGGCCUGCACACACGUUCACGCGCGGCGCAUCGGACAAUGCCGCAGCCAGUGGCAGCACCGGCAGCGAGCCAGCGCCGGCUCCGCUCAGCAUGCAGAGCAUCACGGCCGAGCUGGCGCAAAAGGUCGGAGCGUUGCCGACCGUGCGCGCUGAGCAGGUGGACGACAUCGUCAAGGAGAUGCUCAAGCUCAGCUUGCCCGAGACGCUCGAGGCUCUCAACAACCCCGUCGAGCUGAUGCAGCGCGUCAACGACGCGCGCGACGAGUUGCCGCAGUCGCCUGUCGCGCAGCAGUCCGCGUUCCUCUCGACACCGCUGCAGCCCGUCGGCACGCUCGCCGACAGCGCGUCCGUCAUGUCCUCGGCGCCGGCAUCCGCAAAGGAGCGCGAGCGCCUGCUCAAGGCUGUGCAUGCCAUUGUGCCCGCCGGCAGCCCAGUGGAGGACAUCACCGACAUGCUCACGAGUCUGAACAAGAAGGACCGCGCGCUCUGCCUCUUCAACGCAGACUUCCUCAGGACGAAGGUCGACGAGGCUCGCGAGAUUCUCGACAUCACGGAAGAGGACGGCGAGGAGGUCAAGGCGAAGAGCGCGGGCAGCUCGCCCGUCGUGACGUCGCAGUCGCCGGCCGCUGCCAUCGCUGCUGCCGCAAGCGGCUCGACCGAGGCAGCAGCCGAGCCCGCCGCACCGACACACACGCUUGUCAGCCUGGCGCGUCUGCCUGCCAUCGAGAUCAUCCGGCUGGCCUCGGCGGCGCCGGACUCUGGCUCUGCGGGCUUGCCGCUGCCGAAGGCGGACCCAGAGAAGAUGCGAGAGACGGAUGAGUUCAUCGACUCGCUCAAGGGCAAGCCGGCCCACGACCAGAAGCAGAAGGUCGGAGACCAUCUCUUCAAGAAGAUCCGCUCCUUUGGCGUCAAGGGUGCGCCGAAGAUCACCAUCACACUGCUCGACUCAGAAGACCUGCGCGCUCUGGCACACCUCAUGAACUCAUACCCCGAGGUGCUGCGCCAAAAAGUCACGUUCCUCGCCGGCGGCGGCGCCAAGUAGGGCGCCGCGCUGCCGCGCCUCACCUGUCCUUACUCGAGCGCCCCUCUUCGCCCUUCACCGCGCCACUGCGCAGCUGCCUGCAUCGACGUCGGCCUCUCUUCUGCAGGGCUCGCGCGGUGGCAGCGCCUUAGACCCUCUCUUCCUUGCGUUACCCCACCCUCGGCGCCGUGGUUCUGCUUCGUCUCGCGAGCUGUCGGCGCGGGGCUGCACUUCCUCUUGAAGCGCGUGUCUAGCACCUCGCUGAAUUGCACACGUUGGCAAACGAUCACAUGUUCUGAGUGCUGUACAUGGAGCGUUUGCUAUUGCGAUGUGCUGGCAAACCCUGCCGGGGUAUAACGCUACAGGACGCCUUACUUGCUCUCGGCCGUGACUGCCUCAUUGUCUUUCUCCUCGUUGUCGCUCUCGUUCUUGCCCUCCACCUCACGCUUCUCGUCA